CUCACACCAAAUGAAAUGCAAUUCUUUUACGAGGAGCAGUUGCACCGGAUGGAGUGUAUAACCCAAGAACCAGUGCAAUUUGAGGACAUAUUAUUCCAGAUUAUUGACAUGAUUGGACCAGAGAAUGGGGGUUACAUCACUCUUCGUGACUUGAAAGGCUGCAAACUAUCCGGAAACGUAUUCAACAUUCUUUUCAACCUCAACAAGUUUAUUGCUUUUGAAAGUCGAGACCCUUUCCUUAUUCGUCAGGAGCGUGAAAAUCCAACAAUGACAGAGUGGGAUCGGUUUUCUCAUAGAGAAUACAUUAGGCUUUCAAUGGAAGAAGAUGUUGAGGAUUCAUCAAAUGGAAGUGGUGAUAUCUGGGAUGAAUCAUUUGAGGCUCCCUUUUGAAAUUAGUUUGAGGUAUAGAGGACGGUUGUCCAUUACCU